CACGGAUAAUCGAGACGGCCUCCCCCAAUCGUAAAUACAACAAAGUGAACGGAAAGCCAAUCUUUCUAAUUUAGUUAAAUUAAUAGAAUUGUGUAGCGCGUAGUGAAAAUGGACGCUCAUCGGGAAGCGAUUCAGAAACAGAUACACCAGGAUUGGGCCAAUCGAGAAUACAUCGAAGUGAUAACAGCGAGCAUCAAGCGCAUCACGGAUUUUCUCAACUCGUUCGAUAUGUCCUGCCGAUCCCGGCUAGCGGUGCUGAACGAGAAGUUAACAACGCUAGAACGACGAAUCGAUUACCUCGAAGCGUGCGUCACGAAAGGAGAAACGUUGCAAUAGUAGUGCGUGUGUCCGGGUGCGGCCUUAACAAGACAGGACACACUGCGAGACAAGCCCUUUUAUCUGGGACGUAAACAAACUGCACGCAGACCGGAGAAAACUUCAGCAUGAAGAUUUCAUUACAGUGUAAAACUCUAGCGACAAAGCUCUUUCCUCCAGAAGAAGUAACCGAUGGUGCACGUACGUGGUACACAAUCGAAAUGCCAACGUGUAGUGAUAGGGUAGCGCAUGUUAGUUGAAAUAUCCGAGACUGGGGGAAAUCUUUGAGUAGACCUAGGUCGCCAGUCUGGGACCACGGGUCGGUCAUGGACAGAAUCGGUCUGUGCGAAUUAAUCAUUUGCCAGGAAUUAUUUAUACGUAUCGUACGGCUUUAUAUGUUUCUUUCUAGAAUGAUAGCAUGAUAACCCAUAAACUUGGAGGCACGCUGAGGCCUCUUCAUGUACGAGAAAUCUUAUCUUCUUUUAUCCUUUCUUUGAGAAAACAGACAUUACCUCUUUAAUCGGCUUAGCUCUUCACUCCACGAACAUUCGUCUAGGGUAGAAAGUUGAACAAUAAUCAAACCAUAGCGAAAAAGGGAAGCAAAUUUUCGAUAAAUGAAAAAAAAAAUAAAUAUUUUACUUUAUUUCAAUCCUUAA